UUUAAGAGUCACAAGAACAUGUUCAUCUUAAGUAGUAAUUAUUUUGUGAUGGGCAGUGGCCUAUUACUAGUAUUACCUUUGCAUGCCGUUGUUGAGUUUUUAUCCAUUUAUUCUUCAUGGCUAACUUUUGCUGUUCCAUUGAGAUGGAGCCUAAGACAUUGAGCCAAGGUCAACUCAACCUUGCCCGAGAAGUUGCUGUUGACAUAGUACAAAAUACACAAUCAGACGAAGCAUCAAAUCUAUUUCUAGAGGGAGGAAAGGCAGUUGUUCAAAUAAAGGAAGCUUUAGUGGUAAUUGAGGAAGCAGAAUCAGUUGUAGAAGAAGAUUGCAUUGGGAAAGCAGUGAAAACAAACGUGAUGAUCGAGGCAUCCUGUCAAUGCGCGUACCCGUCGGCGAUAACUGACGACUCGCCUGACCAAUCUAAGUUCAAGGAACCACUCUCUGCUCCCUUUUGAUUUCUAACUUACUCCAUCAUAUCCAAAUAAACAGAUCAUCUUCUUCUUGUUUAGUUAUUUACCUCUGUAAUUUUAUUUUAUUUGUUUUGGAGUCUAACUAAUUCAGAUUUGCAUCGUGUAACCGCUUAAGACAUCUAAUGAAAUAGAAAGUGCUACUAUUAGGAUUUUUAUUU